AUGCCGACGCAUACAUACAUAUAAGUGCAUAUAUGUAUGAGAUGAAUUGAAAUUUCGGGUUCGUUUUGCAUGUUUACAUUUCAUUCGUUUCUUUUUCUCUGGGACUUUUUUCGUCAGUUAAUCUGGAACCGCCGAUAUGGGCAGCCGCAAUCAACUGCUGCACGCCCUGAAACGCUGCCUGGGCGUGGGUCGACACCAGCUGAGCGUUGGCCCGCGUCAAGUGGUGCUGGUGACGGGCUGCGACUCGGGCUUGGGACACUCCCUGGCUGUCUACUGCUAUAGGGCGCUGCAUAUGACAGUCAUCUCCUGCUGCCACAACCUGGAGUCGCAGGGCGCACAGCUGCUGCAGGAGAUGAGCAAAGCUAGCGAGCAUGAGCGACGCAUGCACACCUGGCAACUGGAUCUGCUGCAGCCGGAUUCCGUAGCGCAGCUGCAUGCCAAGCUGGAGCAGCUGCUGGCCAGCACGGACUGUCAGCUGUUGGCGCUGGUCAACAAUGCGGGCGUCAUGUGCUUCGGUGAAUUCGAAUGGCAGCUGCCGGCGCAAAUCGAGCAGCAGAUCAAUUGCAAUCUGCUGGGCACCAUGCGUCUGACCAGGCAGCUGUUGCCGCUACUGCGACAGCAGCGCGCGCGCAUCAUCAAUGUGACCAGCCAUUGUGGCUUCCAGGCGCUGCCCGCCCUGGCACCCUACGCCGCCACAAAAGCAGCGCUGCGUGUGUGGAACGAUGCGCUGCGCAUUGAGCUCCAGCCAUAUGGCAUGGAGGUGGUGAACUUUGUGCCCGGCUCCUUUGUGCUAGAAAGCAACAUAGCCGCACGUCAGCAGCAGCAGGCCCAACAACAGCUGGAGGCAUUCAGCGCGGAGCAGUUAGCGCACUAUGGCAGCUACUUUAAAGCCUUCCAUCAGUAUCUGAGCAUGCUCAGUGGAUUCAAGAAACCCAAUCAGCUGCAGGAUGAGGCGCUGCUGCAGAAGUUCAGGGAUGCGCUGACUAACUCACAGCCCAAGACGCUGUACAUACACGAACCCUGGCGCUAUAAAAUCUAUCGUUGGCUCUUCAAGUUAACGCCAGCUCCACUGACGGACUGGCUAGUGCUCAGAUUCUGUGCCAUGCCCAGCUAUGAGUCCACGCAGCGCAACUAGUCUUUA